GAGGAAGAAAGAAGUGGCAGAACUCCAGGAGUUUGGAAGUUUGUCCCAUCCCUGCCUUGAACUCAGUACCACAGCUCCUCUGGUUUAAGACCGAGAGGGUGUCUGUCUCUUUCUGUCUCAACCAUUUCCCCCUUCACUCAGGACCCGCUCUCUGCACAUCCCAUAUCAGUGGCCUUAUCACUGCCUUCCUUCGGGAGGUGCUGGAAAAGUCCAGCAAGGGGAAUUUACUUGGAGGAUAAUGACUAAAAGUCCAGCUUGCAUUUCACAUAACUGAGUUUUUCUUCAAAUACAAAUACAGUGGAGGAGUACAGCUACUUCAGCUCAGGGUGUCCUCUUUUUUUCUUCUGAAGAUGAGGAGGCAUCGGUUGUUACCGCUAUGUGCCAUUCUGGGCGUCCUGUUUGCAGGACUCCUCCCUAAACUUGAUGCUCAGGAAGAUACUUCCUCCAAACACCAAGUUUUCUCUUUUGAAGAUUGUGCACAAGGGUUGGCAGCUGAUAUAUACUUUCUAGUGGAUUCAUCCAGGAGUAUGGGAGAGGAGAACUUUAAGCAUGUCAGACAUUUCCUGUACAGCAUGAUAAAGGCACUGCACCAGGUUGGAGGGGGCAGGUUUAAAUUUGCCCUUGUGCAGUACAAUAGCAGGCCUGAAACUGAGUUCCAGCUGAACAGCUACCCAACAACACAGGGAGUCCUGGCACACAUCGAGGCUAUGUCUUAUCGUGGUGGGGGCACCCGGACUGGCCUGGGCCUGGAUUUCCUGAUCCGUACCCACUUGACCACUGCUUCGGGCAGCCGUGCUGGUGACGGAGUGGCCCAGGUGGUGGUGGUCCUAACAGACGGGCGCUCCCAGGAUGACGUGGCUGAGCCAGCUCAGGUGCUGCGGCUGGCAGGCGUGGAGGUGUUUGCAGUUGGAGUUCAGGAUGCAGUGGACUCUGAGCUAAGGGAGAUGGCUAGCCAGCCCCAUGAGACUCAUGUGUUCAGUGUAGACUCUUUCCUGACUUUGCGGGAUAUAAUCCAAGAUUUAGUAGUGGGGCUUUGCGGCGCAGUGACCCAGUCAGGGGGUUCUCCUGUGGCAAAUGAGGCCCCUGUGGCUGGAGGUGGGACAGGUAAUAAAAUGGGACCAGUGUCACUACCAUACUAAUGUGUCUACAUGUGCAGGAAGAAGCUGCUGCAUAUGUGGUUGUGACUGGAUUUUACUAUUAACACAAUCAAAUUUACUUAACCAUAAUAACCUUUCACUCUCCACCUGCAAAAUUAACAUCACUUGUUUUGUCUCACCACAUUUAAUUACAACCCUAAUGCUUUAAAAAUCACAGUACGAUUUGCAUGUGAUUGACACCCCUACUACAUCUUAGAUUAGGGUGUUUAGUUUGUAAUAAAUACACAAAUAUAUUAUUGAGCAAAGCCAGAUCAAAUAAAAUGAGUGUGGAUUGAAAGACAACUAUUUAGGCGUUGUGAACAUUCUGUCCCAUGGGCUUAAAUAUGGUAGUUAUUUGAGUAGUCUGUUGGCAUACAGCAAUAACAUUGUAACAUUCAUAAUCCAUAACACCAUUUUCAGAUGAUGCCUGUUCCUAUAAGACACAGCUGUAGGUUGUAGAAAUAAACAUAUAGACAGCAACAGAAAAUACAUCAUAAAAUAAAUUCAUUGCCUCCUCAGAUUAACAACAAUUCUUUAGAAAAUCUUUGGAAGAGAACAUGGUCUGAAGGAUAUCUUACUUAAAACAUAACAUCUCAAAAUCAGUCAGUGAGCUUUUAACAAAAGCUAACCAUGCACAACUGCUUAUGUGUCUUGUGUAUGUGUGUUUGUCUUUAUCAGUCACAAUGUCUAUCUUUGUAAAAUAUGUGCAAUAUUCUGUACUUGAAACAGUGAUGAACCUGCCUGGACUCAUCCUUGACCUACAAUAGAACUGCUUUGAGAAUGUUUUUAUAUGUAAAUGUCCAGAAAUUAUGUGCAAAAAUGUCACAGUAAAUUACAAGAAUGAGAAAGAUGAACUUCAAUGAAGGGUAGUUCAUGAUUCUUGAUAAAUCAUAAAUUAAUUGGAAGCAUCACCAAUAUACAUGAUUGUACUGAUUUUAUAUGGAAUCACAUGUAAUACAUUCUCAGUAGGAACUUGGAGGCACCAAGGAUGGGCCACAGGGUCAUGACUGGUCACUUUAUCUGAGGUCCAUAACAAGAGUCUGCAUGGGAUGGCUGAACUCAGUGGAGCUUUUAAAAGGGACAUAUCAAACAAAUCUAAUAAGUAACAUUAAUGAUCAAAUAGCUUAUCAAUUUUGUACGUGUUGUUUUCUUUUGACUUGCUGUUGUUUAUUAUAGUAUGGCAAGUCUGAAGAGUCAGUUUGUCUAAUCUUUUUACAUGGCCUGACUGUCUUUUCCAUUAUCAAUUUAUAUAUCUUAACAUAAUUAAACCCUUGUUUUCACUUCAAUUUGUUUACAAAUUUUGAAACUUUGAAAAUUUUCCCAUCUUGUGGCUUCAACAUUUUGUAGAAAAAAUGUUGCAUUUCAGUUCAGGAUAGUCAUUGAGUCACAUUAAACCAAUGUCAAAUUCAACCUCCUUUAUAGUGUCACUGAGUUCUGGUCUUGACAUGGGAAAAAUGUAGCUUUUCUAGAAUUUACAGUAAACAUUGUUUUGCUGUUACAGACAUCUGGAGAACUGGCUAAGUUACACUUAUGUAAGUGGUUAGUAAUCAUAUGGAGUGCAAAACUACUGUACUUGAUCAGAAAUUCUCAUGUUACUGUAAUCCAUAUCCAACCAUAAUAACCAUUCUAUGAUAAAGGAAAUCAAAUGACAGUUUACAGCAAAUCUCAACAAAUUCAAUCACUUCAGGAAAUCUCCUUGGUUCAGCCUACAUGCAGUAUGAUGUGUUUUGCAAUGUUGUUAUUGAUUUGUUCACUUUGAAUGUUACUUGACACAUGCAAUGAUACACUAGCACAAAUAAUUUUUUGUCUCUGUCUCACUGUGUUAACGCUUUCACAAGUUCCAUUUUGUUUUGUUUUCU